GGAGCGGCUGUUUCAGCUUCGGCUAAGGUUCGGGUCUGAACCUGUAAAAUGCAGUUGGCGCCCCAGGAAGGGUCUUCUUCGUGGAAGAGGGCUGGGCGGAGUCGCUGGAAACAAUUUACAAGGAAGCCAAAUCCCAAGCCUGCUUUUGACCUUGACAAUGUGGAACACUGGAUUAAGAAAGUGGAGAAAGCUUCAGAAUUUGGAGUUUUGAAAGCAUUUUCUGCUGGAAGUUCUGAUUUAUUCAGAAGGCUUUGGGGCCAAAAUAUAGAUUUGGAAACAUCUGAGCAAAUAGAGGAUCAUGAUGAAGUCUAUGCAGAAGCUCAGGAGCUGGUCCGUGAGUGGCUAGACACCAAACUUAAGCAUGAACUAGCAAGUGAUGGGGAAGCUGAAGACACUGUGUCAAGUAUCCCUCCUGUUUUAGAAGCCAGUGGUCAUUUAAAACAUGACAAGUUUGAUGAUUUCUGUGGCUAUUUGGAGGAAGAAGAGGAAAGUACCACCGUUCAAAAAUUUAUAGACCAUCUGCUCCAUAAAGAUGUGGUGGAUUCUGGGAUGUUGGAAGAUCUUGGAAUGAAUGGAAAGCAAGACAAGAAGUGGCAUAAGGAUCCUCGUCUUACCAUGGAGAUAAGACAUAAGCAGGUAAAAGAAAAUCGCUUAAGACGGGAGAAAGAAUUAGAGCGCCAGAGAAUUGAAAAGACCCUGAAAAAAUCGGCCUUCUUAGAGGCUCAGUAUCUGGUACAGGAAGAGAAGAAAAGGAAGGCUCUGGAGGCCAAGAAAGAGGAGGAGGAGAUUCAAAGGGAGAUGGUAAAGCUGCGGAGAGAGAUAAUUGAGAGGAGACGCACUGUGGAAGAGGCUUGGAAAAUAGAAAAGAAAAAGCAAGAAGAAAGUUCUCCAAAACAUCCAGAAAAAGGCAUGUUUCAACAUGUUCAUAUUCUUCAGGAGGAAGAAAAAUUGGCAAAAGAAAGAAAGAAGAAACUGAAAGAGUUAUUAAUUCAAACUUACAAGGAAAAUCACCAGUGUCAAAAACGCUAUUUCUCUGCCUGGCACAAGCUGCUUCUUGAUAACAGGAUUAAGCUGGGGAAAGCUGGGACCCUUUCUGACUGGAAGUUCCAGCUGAAGGUCCUGCGGGCCUGGAGAGACUACACAAGAUCUCAGAAGCUGCAGCGGGAGACACAAGCCAUGGAGAAUGACCUUAGGGAAGAAAACAGAAAACGCCAACUGGCCGCUGAAUACAACCGGAAAGAAGUUCUCCGACACCACUUUACAGAAUGGCAGCAUUGGCAUCGUGCAGAGAUCCUGAAGAGAGCGCUGGCUCUAAAAAAGGGGGAAACAAGGAAGAAAAUGAAUGAGUUGUUGAAGGCAGUAUCACUAGGGAAACUCAGUGCAAACAGGUCAUCAGGCAUCAGUCCACUUGAGGAGGGAACAGCUAUGGAGGAGUCACCUAUAGGAGAGGUGACUGCCAUACCCCUUCUGUGGGAAAAGCCUCCUUCAGGGAGCAGUGGUUGUAUGCCUAGCCCCCACCUAGGCAAACCAACAGACAGCAUCUUGCAAGUUUGCCUUCAGAAUGUCCCUCUGAACACAUCUGAAAACAAGCCUCACAAAGCUCUGGAUCUUGAGCCCUCCCCACAGCCUGACAGCAACGAGAAGCUCAGAACCACCAGCCAGAAAACAAAACCUAUUUGCAUGAGUCAUUUCCACAACCGCCAUGCCUUCCAGCAACAGCUGAUUGAGAAGCAAAAGAAGAAACUUCAGGAACAACACAAAGUGAUUCUGGAGCUGAAGGAAAGCCAGAGGCUGGCAAAGGCUCGGUGGGCAGCAGAGCGUGACACAGCAGUGAUUGACUCACAGAGCUGCCUGCUGUCCAACCCCAAAGAACCAAAGAGAACCUGCAAGGCACCUUCAAAUUCAUCUGUUGCUUCCCCUGGGACCGAAGGUAGUAGAAGUAACUCCCAAAAUGAUCUUUCUGGACCCAGAAGGAGCCCAAAGAAGCUGAUGACACCCCAUCCCAUUCUUAAAGCCAUGGAGGAGAGAGCAGCUCAGCGAGCUGAACGUAGGCGGAUCUUGGCAGAGAAGAAGAAAAAACAAGAAGAGGAUAAAUUGGCCCAGUUAAAGGCCCAAGAGGAGGAGCGUCAGAAGAGAGAGGCAGAAGAAAAGGAGGCUCAGCUUAAGAAAAAACGAGAAGAGAAGAGACUGAAGAAAAUGAGAGAACUAGAGAAACACAGAAGAAUUAAGAGAAACCAGCAGCUGGAAGCAGUAGCCAAAGAUCAUUAUGAAAGUGUGUUGCUAAGGAAAAAAGGUCUGGAGCCUUGGAAGAGAUUGAGAAUUCAAAGCAAGCAAAACAUGCAGGUGGCCAAAGAACAUCACUCCUUGGCCCUGCAGAGGAAAUGCCUGCUCACCUGGUUGCAGUGCAGUCGGGAAAGCCUGGCGAGGAAGAGGGCCCGGGCCGCCCAGUUUCAUUCACAAACAUUGCUUAGGAGAGUCAUCCGGAGCUGGCUGCAGUACCUGACUGAGCUAGAAGAAGAAAUACAAAAACUGUGCAUACAUUUUCUUCAAAAGAAGAUUUUCAGAGCCUGGUUUAACAUGGUCAGGGAGGCCAAGAUCGAUUCACAGAGCAAGCACAAGAUUGCAGCAGAGCAUAGUGACAGGAGGAUUCUCUGGAUCACACUUCAGACAUGGAAGAAGUUUGUACAAUUCAAGAAAGAAGAAAGAGUGAGAGAAGAAAGGCGACAGCAACUCCGUAAGAAGGUAGCUGAAAUUCUGCCUGACUUCCAGGUGCCGCCCCACCUUGACCCUUGACUCCUGACCGUGCUGGCACGCGCACAGCCCUCGUGUAGGGGGUCCUUGGUGCGGGGAGCACCAGCCAGCGUGCUUAGGCCAGGAAUGUCCAUUGGUCCACAGCACAUCCAUAUCACUCCCACCCACACACACACACAUCUGGCUGCUUAUGUUCUAUCAGAUACUCCUGGAUCACAGGGAUUACUUUUGAAUUUGCACUUCAUUCUUUUAUUUCUCUUGGGUUGCUAAUCAGUUCACUAAAGCAUUUAUCACAGCAGGAUCAUCCGAAGAAACUGUUCCUGUUCCACUGUUCAAAUGCAUCGUAUGUAUUUUUAGCAUCAUAAACUUUACAAAGGACGAGUGUUUGCUUGCCUGAGCUUGUGGGGGAAAAUGUGUCCUUACAGUUUAACGUGACUUGUUGACAAAUGUAACUUUAAUUAAAUAGAAAUUAAAAGUAGUGAGUACAUAGAAAAGGAACCCUACACAGUCAGGCAUCUAAUACCUUCGUAUCAGCAACAGGCAUUCUGCCAGACUCCAUCCUUUUUGCCCACCCCGAUGGAAAACUGUGUAUCAAAAGGCACUGUAUGCGCUUGCUGCAAGGGUAACAGUGUCUCCUAAUUUCAGAGAAAUUGGGGCACCAAAAAACUGCUUUUCUGUGUACCUAAUAAGCAGCAAGGGAAAGCCAGCAAUCUGUUAAAAUGUCUGUUCAUGCUCCCAAUUGCAACUUCUAAAUAGUACUUGAUCUGGCUUCUAGAUCUCAGCUCAGCUUGAUCUGUGUGUCAAGAUAUUUAUCUUGAAUUCAAAACAUGUUUUAAUCUCUAAGAUGCUAAAGACUGUAAGGACAAUCCCUUCUGUGAACUGAAUUAUCUGCAAGAAAAGUAUCUCAUUGCAAAACACAUUUACUCCAACAAUUUCAAGUAGUAGGUAAAUGCACACAGUAAAACAAGAACCUCCCUUGCAGCCCUGAGGCAACUAUUAUUUAGUAAAUUGAAAUUGAGUUGAUAAAUUCUUUGUGUUCAGUAAAUUGUUCUCGUGUCUUACUUCCUAGAAGGGCUGUCUAGCUAUACCACCGGCAAGAUGACUUCUAUCCUUUUUUCUAGGGAAGAUGUGAUUUACUCAGACAUGACAAAAUAUCCUAUAUUGAACUUUAUUUCUUCUGCAAUAUCCCUGUCUGCACACCUUUUCCUUUAGUAUGAUUAUACAGUUGUCAUCUGAGAACUCUUUUUAAGACUAACAGCCACUAAAGAAAAUGGGACUAAAAGUAACUCUUUAAUCUCUUUCCACCUAACCCACUGUUCAUACUUAAUUGUAUGUAGUAGUUAGAGAAUAUUGGCUAUUAUUGGCACCCAGAACUCAAAUACCAAUUUUAUUUUAGUACCAAGACUCAUAAACUUUAAGUUUUCUCUCAAGUUUUCUUUUAAUUCACCGCAAGCAUCAUUGAGUCUUUAAGCAGGCCACAUUCUGAUUAAGCCAGUGAGAACUUUUUACCUACUUAUAGAACCUUCUAAAGAGACAUAAGGAAAAAACUUAGUAAAUGACCUCUUUGUUGCUGGGCUAUCUUAAAGAUACAAUUUGAAAUGUUACUGCUAACAAAAUGCCCAGUAAGCAGUAUCUGGCCUG